GGGGGGGCAGCGGGAAGACGGUACCGGCGGCUGUGCCCCGGGCAGGGCCGGCCUUGUGCUGUUUUGCCACAGGAGAAAAAUGGCCUCUCGGCGGAUCACACGGGAGACGUUUGAUGCUGUGGUGCAGGACAAAGUUAAAAGGUAUCGCAUGGACCGGAGCGAUGCCAUAGGGGACGCCAUCCAUCAUUUUAAAGCCCAUUCAAGGCCGGUCCCAAGACCAAGAUACGAAGACACUUUCCACGAUGAUGGAAGAUACGCUCACGACAACGCCCAGCACCAUCCUCACGAUGACUGGAGUGAAGACCCUAGAGAUGACUAUCCAGGACCUUCUUACAGAUCUGCUAGUCCUCUCAUAAGGAAAGAUAACUAUUACCACGAGCAGUACGGGCGUCCGGCUUCGCACGACCGGGAGUACGGGCGUCCGGCUUCGCACGACCGGCAGUAUGGCCGUCCAGCUUCGCACGAUCGGGAAUACGGGCGUCCGGCUUCGCACGACCGGGAGUACGGGCACCCAGCAUCUCGGGAUCGGGAAUACGGACGCCCAGCUCCUCAUGACCGGGAGUACGGGGGCCUGGCUCCUCACGACCAGGACUAUGGCCCUCCUGACUCCUGGGAAUCCACCGCUCCACACGAAACGGACUUCAGUUCUUCAGAUAUUUUAGGUGAUUUUAGGUCACCGGGACUGAUGGAAGAUGAAUACGGCAACAUGGAAAAUCAGGAGUAUGAGGUGGACUUUGGAAUUCAGUCCGACAGUGAGUUUCGACCCCCGAUACGGAGGGGUGCCAUGGGCAGGGGAAGAGUUCUGCGAGGAAAGCGUAUCGCAAGGGGCGUUGUGAAAACUAAAAUAUUUAAAGGAGAUAUCAAAACUCCCCUAAAGAAAUGGAACACUAAAAAGCUGCCGCCGGGCCCUGACCAGAAGCCGACUUUGCAACCUGAUCAAAUGCCAGAAGCUGCUGAGCGGCCCAACCAGAGGCCGGUGACCGUCCAGCGCCCUAAUCCAAAAUUGCCUCCACGACCCAAUCAGAGGCCACCUUUAACAACCCAGAGACCUAUCCUCAGGCUCCCAAAGCCUGCCCACGUGUUCAGAAAUCUCAAUUUUGACCUUGUGGAUAAAUCGGAUAUUUUUUCAACCUUUGGAAUAGAAAUUAUAAAAUGGGCUGGGUUCCAUGCAAUAAAAAACGAUGCUGAAUUUUCCCGCCUCUUUGGAGCUCUCUUUGAGCUAGAGACAGAAACCUGUGCAAAAAUGCUUGCUUCAUUUAAAUGCUCUUUAAAGCCAGAACACAGAGAUUAUUGUUUCUUUACCAUCAAGAGUUUACAACACGCUGCUCUGAAAACUCCCAAGGUGGACAAUGAGUUUUUAAAUAUGCUCUUGGACAAGGGGGCUGUGAAAACCAAGAACUGCUUCUUCGAAAUAAUCAAACCUUUUGAUAAAUACAUCAUGAGGCUCCAAGACCGCCUCCUGAAAGGUGUUACGCCGCUGCUCAUGGCCUGCAAUGCUUAUGAAUUAAGCAUUAAAACGAGUGGGUUUGGUAAUCCAAGAGAAAUGGCAAACGCUUUCGAGACCACUGUUUCUCUUUGUCGUAAGUCCUUGGCCCUUCUGGGUCAGACCUUUGCCCUGGCGUCUGUUUUUAGGCAAGAGAAAAUACUUGAAGCCGUAGGGCUCCAGGAAAUGGCUCCGGCACCAACUCUCUUCCCAAACUUUGAUGAUUCAACGUUGUUUGGAAGAGAGUACAUUGAAAACUUGAAGGCUUGGUUGGAGAAGAGCGGGUACCCGAUUCAGAUGAAGAAAGCGGAGCCAGAGCCCGCGGCACAGCUCGAUAAACCCUCUCCUGACACAAACCUGAAAACCCCGCAGCGAGCUGAUCGGAAGGUUGUAGAGACAAUUGACCAGUUAGUGAACAGCAUCGUUGCAGGAACCUUGUCUGCCAAAGAGAGAAAUGCUCAAAAGAACUGUCCUGAAUAUUGGUUCUUGUCUGAUGAAGAUAGCCUGGAAUACAAGUAUUACAGACUGAAGUUGUCAGAGGUGCAAAGGCGGGCGUCAGCUGGAAAGGAAGCGGGGGGCGAGGGCAGGACGCUGGAAGAAGCCGCAACGGAGUCAGUCAGGGCCAUGCUGUACGCCAGGAAAGUUGCAAGUAUUAAGAGAAGGCUAUUUAAAAGAAAAAGGCUUGGAGUUAUCACCCAACAUGGUAUUCGAGGCAGGAGGGCGAGGAGGGCAACCACAGGGACACAGACUGUGCUCUCAGCCGGGACGGUGCUGAAGCACCAGGACAAACAUCUUCAAGGUACAGAUCAGUCAAAGCCUCCCGUAGCAGAAGCCAGCCCGGCUGAGAAGAAUCCUGCCCUCGAUGCCACCUCAUCCUCACAGUGUGCCCCCACUUCAGAGGUCUCUCUGCCAGCAGAAGAAAGGGCAGAUUCUGAGGAUUUAUUAGCACCCCCUGAACUUUUCCCACCAUUGUCCUCCCAGUUUCCUGACGUGGAUGCUAAAACCAUGGAAACCGCCGAGAAACUUGCCAAGUUUGUUGCUCAGGUAGGACCAGAAAUUGAGCAGUUCAGCAUAGACAACAGCGCGGAUAACCCAGACCUCUGGUUUCUACAGGAUCGAAACAGUUCUGCUUUCAAAUUUUACCGAAUGAAAGUCUAUGAGUUAUGUCCGUCGAUUAACUUCAGCGCUGUGUCAGAAGCCACUGAUGCUGGGGAAGGUGCUAAACCUGAAGAAAGGAAUUUGGAUAUUUCAGAAGAGGAGGAGGAGGAGGAAGAAGAAGAGGAAGAAGAUAAUGAGGAGGAAGCUGAGUUUGAGGAGGACAUCUCCCAGCCUUUGGAAGAGAUGGAAAUGGAGCAAGCAGAGGAGGGAGAAGAGGAUGACAUCUCAGCAGGUAGAAGUGUGGAAAACCUAGCUGAAGAGAUGAUUUCCAAAACGGGAGAGGAAAUUGCAGGAGGUGAAAUGCAGCUAGCCACAUCAUCUGAUGGUGCUGUACCAAAUCUGUCGACACAGGCAUCGGCUCCUGCUCCUGGUACCCUAUUUCCUCGCAAACGCAUCAGCAGCAAGUCUCUGAAAGUUGGUAUGAUCCCCGCCUCUAAAAGGAUCUGCCUCAUAGAAGAACCAAAAGUGCAUGAACCUGUCCGAAUUGCUUAUGACAGGCCUCGUGGCUGCCCAGUUACAAAGAAGAAGAAGAAACCAAAAGAUUUAGAGUUUUCACACAAGAAGCUGACAAACAGGAACGUGGGCUUCCAGAUGCUGCAGAAGAUGGGCUGGCAGGAAGGACACGGCCUUGGGACACGAGGAAAAGGAAUCAGAGAGCCUGUAAAAGUGGGUGCUACCUCUGCAGGGGAGGGCUUGGGUGUUGCAGGGGAAGAAAAUAAAGAAGAUGCAUUUGAUGUUUUCCGUCAAAGAAUGAUACAAAUGUACAGGCAGAAAAGAGCAAGUAAAUAGGUUUGAAUUAAGAGACUCGCUCGCUAGAAAGUGCACGGAUAUGCAAAGGCUGCUGUGAGACAGAUCCUCGGCAGAGGAUGCCAGUGUGAAGAACGCUUUGUUCUAUAGUAGUGGACUUGAAUACUAAUGUAUUAAACCAUUUUUCCAAGAUUAAAGUUAGUCUUGUAUUCAGUGGUGCAAGCUAACAACUUGGAUGUCAUCUUCUGAGGAAGAAACAACUGAUUUUGUUCUCGGAAGUGCCUGUUUACCUCUCUCUUUGGCCAAGUUUGCCUGUUUUGUGAUGCGAUGGCUUCCCGAAAAACCAAAUAAGCAACAUGGAAAAGAAAUAAUGCCUGGCCUGGUUUGGCUCUGAUCCUCUUGCAAGCCAAGAAUCUUCUCAAUUUCCCAUCUUCUUGCAAGGAAAUUCAGAUUUUAUUUUACUACGUUUUAUUGACGGGCUUAAAUCUGCUUCUGGAGUCUGCAUAAAGCAGUUUCCUCCACACACCAAUUUUAAGAAGAGUCCACCCGUGUGUUUAUUUUGUGUAGGAUUCUAGACUUUAGGUGUCGGAUGAAUAACUGAGUUCAUCCCAGUCUGAGAACACUAAACUCUUCCUUGAAGAGCUCAGCUGCGAAGGUUUUUCAUUGUAAUGAACAAGCAGUACGUAUUUUCAGUGUCCUUUUUGGUUUUACACAAAUUUGCAGCUCUUCCGCAACAAAUUCUUGAAUCAUUUCUUUCCUUCUCAAAGAAAUUUGUCAUGAGCAGGCGCAAUUCAUGUGUCUGCAGAAAAUGCUGAAGAAGAUACCGGGAAGUCAGAUAUUUCAAAGUCAUCUGGGAGUGGAUCAUCAGUGUUAUAAGAGUUUAGAGUGUCAUUUCUUUUUUCUAUUAAAUAUUUGCUUUGCAGAAGUUCUUUUAUUGAAAAGUCCUAAGAAAUAAGACAAAAAGCUUGUACUUUUAAGGGACUAUUCCGGAACUUACUGAAGGAAAAGACUGGAUUAAGCUCCUGUUCUUCAACAAAAAGCAUUUCCCUACCUGCUCAGUGAAGCAGUUCUGAAGACAUGAAAGAUUUAGGAGCGUUACCACAAAUAAAAACAUUCUUAUCAUUCAUCUUUUUUUUUUCCAACUUAAGGGAUCUGUGACUGAGUUACUGACAGCGACACCGUUUAAUAAUCGCGCUUUUCGGUGUGCUCGUUCUCCAUCGUUACCUUUCAAAAACUAGUCAAAAGUCUUCACUUGAACGUUGCGGCACCAAAACCUCCUUGGCUGAUGUUCUCUUGAACGAGUUUUAUCUUGAGCUGACGCAUGGUUUGCUUUGCUGGGAGCGAGCUCUGUCUUGCUGGUGUUCUCAUCCUGCUUCUUGUAGAGCAAAGAGCUUGUGGUACCCCACUAAUAGUGGUACCCCACUAAUAGCACCCCCCACUAACGGGGCAGCACCUCCAGGGUGACAAAUAUGGAAGGAAAUGUGUUCCUUGGUUAUCAACUUGCCUGUGCCUGCUGUUUAACGAGCAAAAUUGAGAUUCUUUCUCCAUUAAAAAUCCUACUGGUUGAAAGGGAGUGGCUUCCUUUGAAUUCUGGAGCAACAAAGUUCUCCUGGCUUGUAACAACCAGUCUGAGUUUGUUUUGGUUUUUUUUUUUUUUUUUUUUCAUUUGAAUU